AUGGCGGCGGCGCCGCCGCAUGUGCUCCUCUUCCCGGCUCCGUUGCUCGGCCACGUGUCUCCCAUGCUCAAGCUGGCCAAGGUGCUCUCCCUCAGGGGCCUCCUCGUCACCUUCCUCACCACCGAGCAUGUUCACCGCCGUCUCGGUGCCGACGAGGGUCUGAACUGCCAUCCGGGCUUCUCCUUCCGGUCCAUCCCGGACGGCCUCCCGGCGGACCACCCGAGAUCUGGGGGACAAUUUAUGGAGGUGAUCACCUCGCUUGCCGCACAAUCCCCCGAGAGAUACAGAGAUCUGUUGGUCUCCCACCACGGCCAGUGGCCGGUGACGUGCGCCAUCGUGGACUGGGUUAUGCCGUUUACUGCGGUGGGGAAAAGGCUGGAGAUACCGGUCAUCGCCUUCCGCACCGGCGGCCCCUGCAGCUUCUGGACUUAUCUCUGCACCCCCAGGCUCAUCGAAGCAGGGGAAAUCCCCUUCCCCGGUAAAAGAAACAUCCACAAUUAAGCACAUCCAGGGGAAAUCCACUCGUGUUUCAUUUGGGCCUGCUUCCUCCGUCACAGUGGGAUACGACAUGGAUGAGCUCGUGAGAAGCGUCCCUGGCAUGGAGGGUUUUCUGAGGCGGCGAGACCUUCCAAGUUUUUGCCGAGUCAAAGAGUCUAGUGAUCCCAUUCUCCAAGCUAUUGCAUCGGCGACCCAAAGGACGACACACUACAGAGGCCUCAUCUUCAACACUGGGGAGACCCUCGACGCCGCUGAGCUCGCUCACAUCAUGUCCACCUGCCCUGUCACCUAUACAGUCGGGCCCCUCGACACUAUCCUCUGCGCUCUGGAUCGUUCCACUGGGAGCGCCGCCGGCCCUCCAUCGUCCUCUUCCCCCGGCUGGUGGCGAGAGGACCGUACCUGCAUGCCUUGGCUCGACGCCCAGUCCCCCAAAUCCGUCGUCUACGUCAGUUUCGGCAGCCUGACCGUGCUGAGCAGGCCCCAGCUCCUAGAGUUCUGGCAUGGCCUGGCGAACUGCGGCCACAGAUUCCUCUGGGUUAUCCGUCCCGAUUUGCUGGAGGAGAUGGACGGUGCCGGCGACAUCCCCGUGGAGUUGGCGGAGGCGACCAAGGAGAAGGGGUGCCUCGUGGAAUGGGUGGACCAGCGGGAGGUGCUGGGCCAUCCGGCGGUGGGGGCCUUCCUGACGCACAGCGGCUGGAACUCCACGAUCGAAGCCAUCUCCGCUGGUGUGCCGAUGAUCUGCUGGCCCUUCUUCUUCGAUCAGAUGGUUAACAGCCGGUUCAUCAGCGAGGUGUGGAGGAUCGGGGUGGACAUGAAGGACACCUGCGACAGAGCCACCGUGGGCAGGAUGGUGAAUGAGGUGAUGGAAGGGGAAAGGGCUGACGAAAUGAGGAGGAACGUCGCCGGGCUGUCGGAGAUGAUGCGAGAGUGCGUGGACGAAGGUGGUUCCUCUCGCAUCCACCUGGACCAGUUAAUUGAGGAUAUUCGGGCCAUGAGUCUCGAGACGUCCCCAGCAGAGACAGCAUAA